CUAAAAAAGGCAAUGAAAUCGCGCAAGCUCCCGAAAGGCUUCGUGCUGUGUGGCUUGAAUUGUUUAACAUUCGUUUACUUUCCGUUGGUUUUGCCGAUAGUAACUUGUUCGACUAGUGAUUUGGAUUAUCGGCUGCAACGCGUUAAAAACGUGCUAAAGGAGGUACCACUGAUAGACGGACAUAACGAUUUGCCAUGGAAUAUAAGAAAAUUCUUAAGAAAUCAACUCAAGGAUUUUCAUUUUGGCGGCGAUCUCAGGCAGGUUCAGCCGUGGUCAAACAGCGCUUGGAGUCAUACCGAUUUGAGGCGGCUAAAAGAGGGCAUGGUCUCAGCACAGUUUUGGUCAGCAUACGCCCCGUGUUCGUCUCAGCACUUGGAUGCUGUGCAGUUGACAUUGGAGCAAAUAGAUCUUAUCAGACGUCUAGUCAACUUAUAUCCGCACCAGAUGACACUGGUAACAACUGCCACAGGUAUCGAGAAAACACACAAAAGCGGGAAGAUUGCCAGUCUGAUUGGAGUGGAGGGCGGACAUGCCAUUGGAACAAGUUUAAGUGUACUUCGGAUGUUCUAUCAGCUCGGAGCCCGAUAUUUGACUUUGACGCACACCUGCAACACACCCUGGGCGGAUUGCUGCAAAGUUGACGAGCCUGGAAAAUAUCCCCACAUUGGGGGUCUAUCAAAAUUCGGAAAGCUGGUCGUGCAAGAGAUGAAUCGACUGGGUAUGAUUGUUGAUUUGUCACAUGUGUCUGUGCCCACUAUGCUGGACGCAUUGGGUUCCUCGAAAGCCCCCGUCAUUUUCUCGCACUCCUCGGCGCAUGCCAUAUGCAACAGUUCACGCAACGUUCCUGACCAUGUGCUGCAGAGAAUUGCUAUAAAUGGUGGCCUAGUAAUGGUGGCCUUCUAUCCGCACUUUGUGAGUUGUUCCGGACAAGCCACGCUGCACGAUGUUGUCGCUCACAUAAAUCACAUACGAGAAGUGGCGGGGAUUGAUCAUGUGGGCAUUGGGGCCGGCUACGACGGUGUUAAUCUAGUUCCGAAAGGCUUAGAAGACGUCUCUAAGUAUCCGCAUCUGCUAGCCGCAUUACUAGAGUCUGAAAAGUGGUCUGAAGAGGAUAUUGCCAAAUUAGCAGGGAAAAACUUAAUACGGGUCUUUAAGGAAGUUGAAGCGGUUCGAGACGAAAUGGAAUUGUUAAAGGUGCCACCUCUGGACCAAUCCAUCCCUGCGGAAGAUGUGAUGGGCAGAUCCUACUGCCGCUACCAAGGUCCAAGAACGUGAUCACAAUUUC